CGCACCAAGUUCUCGGCCGCGCAGCUGCAGGAGCUGGAGCGGAGCUUCCGCGAGCAGCGCUACAUCGGCGCCGGCGAGAAGCGGCGCCUGGCCGCCGUGCUGAACCUCUCCCAGAGCCAGAUAAAAACCUGGUUUCAGAAUCGUCGUAUGAAGUUUAAACGUCAGACUCAAGAUGCCAGGGUGGAAGCUCUUUUCUCAGGCUUGUUGUUGCCCUAUCAUUGUUACCCAGAUAUUUCUACCUCCAGCUAUUCUCACGGGAUGGAUGUCAAUGUCUCUUCUACCUCUACUCAAUGA